AUGACCCAACUCAGCUUAUCCUUCCUACUCCUCUCCAUCUUCUGCAUCACAGGCAUGGUGCAGCCAGCAUUGGCUCAAACCUCUCAGUCCGCGGGCUAUAUCCAGGCCUGGUGCAGGACCACCCGGUACCCAACCCUUUGCAUCCAGUCUCUCUCAGGCUCAACAGACUCCAAAAUCCAAAACCCACAACAGUUAGCCCAAGCUGCCUUAUCAGUGAGCCUCUACAAGGCAAUUUACACAAAAUCAUACCUGAUGAAGGUAUCAAGAGAACUCAAAGCAACCAAGGCUAAUGACUACAGGGUUGUGAAAGACUGCUUGGACCAAAUCACUGAUGUUGUGGCUCAACUUACUCAAUCAAUCACAGAGCUCCGUCGAUUGGGACGACAAACUGAGAUUGCUGACAAUGUUUAUUGGCAUAUAAGCAAUGUUGAAACAUGGACUAGUGCUGCCAUGACUGAUGCAAGUACCUGUGUGGAUUAUUUCCCAGGUCGUAGAAUGAGCAAAUUGAAGGCCACAAUUAGGGGUAAGACAUUGAAUGUGGUGCAACUCACAAGCAAUGCACUUGCCUUGUUUAAUAGAUAUGCUCAAAGAUACUUAGCUCGCAAUGCAAAUAAGCCAUAA